AAUGUGAUGGGUGUCCAGCCAGAUCUAAAAUGUCUAAGAAACUGGUCACAGUUAGGAGAACGCUGCUUCCGGGUAUUCACAACAACAGCAACCUGGGAUGCCUCAGAGCAAAAUUGUAUCACCAUGGGAGCGCAUCUUGCAUCUGUGCACAAUGACGAUGAGAACAAUUUUGUUGGGGCUUUAGUCUUCAGUGCAACUAAUUCAAAUCCACUAACAUGGAUAGGUGCAAGUGACCUAGUACAGGUAUGGGUUUGGGUGUGGACUGACGGGUCAGCAUUUACUUACUCACCCUGGGCUGGCGGACAGCCUGAUAAUAACGGAAAUGUUGAGAAAUGUGUGGAGAUCAAUUUUGGAGGCGGUUGGAACGAUAGGAUCUGCACAAACCUCAACCCAUCAGUAUGUGCUAAGCCAGCCAUCCCAGCUAGGAUCAAAUCAGUGAUUCGACUCAAAAUAAUUUCAGAGAAAGACUUCCUGGCAUCUUACAUUGAAAACCUUCUCCAACAGGUCAGACAGAAGCUGUUAGACAGUGGAAUGCCAAGUGAUUCUACACUUCUCUUCCAAAGACUUUAUAAGAAGAGUGGCCGGCCUAACAAAAUUAUUCCAAGAGCACAACGACCAGAAAAAGCACCCAGAACAACAUCAAAAGAACUGCAGGCUUCAUUUGCCUCAGUUAAGAAAGCAGUUUGGUUGUGGACAGAUGGGUCGGCACUUAAUUACACAAAGUGGGCUAGUGGAGAGCCAGAUAAUUAUGGAAAUAAUGAGCACUGUAUGCAGAUGAACUAUGGAGGUGGUUGGAACGAUAUAGACUGCACAACUUUAAGCCCAUCAAUAUGUGCUAAGCCAGCCAUCCCAGCUAAGAUCAAAUCAGUAAUACGCUUCAAAAUAAUUUCAGAUAAGGACAUGCUGGCAUCUGACAUUAAAAACCUUCUCCAACAGGUCAGACAGAAGCUGUUAGACAGUGGGAUGCCAACUGACUCCACACUUUUCUUGCAAAGACUUUUUAAAAUCUCAACAUAG